AUGUCAAGAAUAAUUGCAGACAUACCAAACAAUUGGUGGGUGUACGAUCGGGUCCGAGGUAUUUCCUUCCCAAAGGACAAUUUCCAGUUCAUCUUUGACAUAGAAGAGAACCUCCAAACAGUUUUCAGUGAUCGUCCAUGGUCUUUCAACUACUGGACCAUGAUUCCUGAGCGAUGGACUGCAAACCCUCCUGAUGACUUCCUCACCAAGUUUGAAGUGAGGAUCCGUAUCAGGCAUAUCCCAUACAACUACUACACGAGAGAGACAAUGCACGACCUUGAAAAAGCCAUUGGAAAGGUUGAGGAAAUAGCAUUUGAUCCCAACAUUUCACAUGUUGUAAAUAUGCCUGAUACGGAUCCUCACUUCUAA